AUGGCCGAAGCAGGGAGAAUCUCGAAACCACUUGUGACGAUCAAAGAAGCCCUUCACAGCUUCUAUUACAAGGAAAGUCAGGAGAUGGAAGAGACGCCUGAGACCUCGGAGAUGAAGCUCAGAAGGGAAAGGAAUAUCACUAAAUCCGCCAAAGCAAUCCUUUCAAUGCUGACUGUGAUCAAACGAAAGUGGACGAAAUGGGAGCUCCCACGUGAUGAGGACAUUCGCGACAUGGUAUUGGAUCUGGCAAAGGCUGUUUCGAAGGCUUAUUCUGCUUCUCAGUCAAACAGAGCACGUGUUGUUUUCAAGUUCGUUAGAUGCACUGCUGUUGCGUGCUUGCAGUUUCGCUGGGCUGUCCCUGAUUGCUGGUCCGCUUGCUCAAUCCAGGAAGGCCGCUGUGCCCUAGCAAAGUCGCCCCGGCAACCUGCAGCCAGUGUUGCCUCAACCGACUGUUCAAGUGAGAUGGACGACGAGUCUCUUCGAGCGGACCUGCUCUCGAUGUCCGGACGAAGCUCAGCGGAGUCCCAAGGCAGCACGGAAGCUCGAGGCAGCAGUCUGCUAUCUUAUUUGAAGGCUCCGCCCCAAGAGGAGCUUGAACGCUUGCUCGGCAUUUCGCUGAAUCCCGAAGCAUAUCGGAAAAUCACGGCGGUUGCUCGUGCCGAUGCUCCAAAGGAUGUCGGACAUGUUGUCGAGAACCCGGGUGGCCCGGAUAGCGAGGUUCCCGGUGCAGGGGCUUUGGUGCCUGAUCCGGCUCCGGAGGUGGCCGCUCCUGUAGAGGAGGCAGCAGAAGCCGUUGACGCCGGUGGUGUUAGUCACACUGGUGAUGAUGGCGAGGGUUUGCUUGCUUUGCAAAACGACAGCCCGUCCAAGAACAAGCCUGAUCCGUUGUUGAAGAAUGCUAAUGUGCCGAAGGAGCUCGUCAUGCAGUCGGCACCCGAUCUUACGCGGCGCAAGCUUGCGUUUGAUGACUCCGAUGCAGAUGAACAGUCCACUUCAGCCGGGCGCGAGAUCGACUGCCUCGGAGAGCCGGUAUGGAGUGGGGAGCCGGAAUCCUACGUCGACGAGUGGCUGCGAAGGGAGCGUGAAGCAGAUGAGGCUCGGAUUGCUGCAAGCGCCAGGUCGCAGCGCUUGAAGCGGGCAGCGGCACUGCUCGAGGAGGAGGAGUCUGCGUCGGUUCUCACACGGCAAGAUCAAUUGGGUAUGACUGCGGGCAAGAAGGGCAAGUUGAACAACGGCGACGCCGAUGAGGAGGAAGCUUCAGAGCCUGAAGUCCCGGCAAAAAAGGGUGGCAAGAAGGUCGAGGCUUCUGAGGAUGGUGUGGAUGAUGAGGAGCCGGCUGGCGACGAGCCGGCUGGCGACGACCCACCCGCUCCUUCGAGCCGGAAGAAUCGGACAAAGCUUGUGCGGAAGUCUACGAAGCACCGCUUGAUCGCCAAGCACAAGAAGGGCAAGAAGGGCAACAAGGGCAAGAAAAGUGCCAAGGCAGCAGACGCUGCUGAUCUUGACAACAAGACCGAAUACUACAGUGGUGAGGAUUGGCCCGGAGACGAGGAAGAGUACGAUGGAGCUGCUCCUGAAGAGCUUCCUGCCGAGCGCCCUGCAAAGCGUGGUCGUGGGCAGAUGCACAAGAAGGCCAAGCCGGCCAAGGCUUCCAAGCCGGAGCCAGCUGAGGAGGAGGAGGAGGAGGAGCAGGAAAAGAAUGAGGAAGGGGGGGAGGAGAAGGUAUCGACGUUUGCCCGCCGAUAUUGCCCAACGCGACCGCUUUUCAAAGCGAAGUUUUUGGGGAUCCGGGACGCAUUCGACCUACGAAUCCGGCCAUUCCUCAAGUUCCCGGGCAAGUUGGAGGACGACUUCUGGAAGUAUGUGGCCCAGGCUACGAAGGAGGACAAGAUCUCAGAUCCAGAUGCUUGGGCUAAGGUCUUCAUCCUCGCAGUGCUGUGCCUGCUGUUCAACGAACGCUUCAGGCUUGAGAAGGACUCUUCCUCUCCCAGGAACUACACGAAAGAGUUUGCCGAACACAUGGUCGAGCUCUUCCCGAACUUCAAUGAGUGCCCGGCCCUGCGGCACAGCUCCAUGAUAGAUGCCUCGACGAGGGAUAAGCUUCGGAGAAUGGACAUGGGUGCAGACGAUUGGUUGGAUGCUGGUGUUCCCGAGCUACUGAAGUACGUAUACGGUGCUAAAGGGUUGGUCAUCCCUCCAGAAUGGAGAGAUUGCUUCCCGGGGGCUCAUUUUCAGUAG